GGGACGCGGAACGCGGAACGCAGGCACCGUUCUCCCGCCGGACGCACUUUCCAGCGCACCGGCGAGCUCCCGGCGGGCGGUGCUGCGUCUCCCCUCCGCCGAGGGGGCGGCCUGGCCGACUGGCCGUCGACAAAGAAGGCCCGGAGCCUGCCGUUCCUCCUCCAUAGCUUCCCCUCCAGCGGCACGAGCCUAAGUGUAGCACGGCCGUCCGGCUUCUCUCCUCAGUGGAGAUUAGUGGGCGCCGCGGCCUCCGGAGGCGCAGCGGCAAGCCCGUCCCGCCUCGCAGCCACAGCCCCUGGCCUCCGAGAGGACCGCGGACCGCCGCCCGCCGCCCGCCGCCCGCCGCCCGCCGCCCGCCGCCGGUUCUUCUCCGGGCAGGAGGAGGACCACCCCGAUCCCGGCGAGGCGGGCUCUGGGUCCCACCACUACUUCCUGGAGACGCCGAGGAAAGCAGGCCCUCCUUGGGGCCACCCACCUCUUCUUGGAUUGGUUAACUGCUCUUAAUAAGCUCCUCGAGCUGGUGAUUGCGUCCGAUACACCGUCUGUCUCCUGCUUCCCUGUGGGAAUAUAGGUCGCUAAGGGAAGCGUUACUUAGGGCUUAGUUGGAAAGACUUCGGUUGGGUCCUUGAGCCCAGUUUGCUUAUUGUAGUGGCGACCGACCCUCGGCUCGAGCUUCCGUCGCAACGGCCAGGAAAGGAACUAGAAGCGGGACGGAGGGCGGGGCUGGCAACAAAGUGAAGGUUUAGAAGUAAACUAAACCGGAGACGCGUAACCCUGGCAACGUCCAGAUGGGAACAGGACAGAAAGGAAGGCCUUUGAGAGAGGAGGCGGACUCCCAGGAGCAGUGACAGUGUAGGGGGAAAGGCCUGUUCGUUCUAAGAGAAAAGGGCCUUGAGAGAGAUUUUUAUGACUUAAUUGUAUGGGGAUCUAAUUUCUAGAUGAGCAGCUCUCAAAAAUGACACAAACAAUUGAAGGACGGAUACCAUUGCAUAUAUUAAAACCAUGUUGAAAGGAAAAUAAGAAAGCCAGGAAUCUCAGUAUGAAUCAGUCUAGAUCUAGAUCAGAUGGUAGUGAAGAAACCUCAUCUCAAGGCCAUAAUCAUCAUGAAAAUGAGAGAAGAUGGCAGCAAGAGCGUCUUCACAGAGAAGAAGCCUAUUAUCAGUUUAUUAAUGAACUCAGUGAAGAAGAUUAUCGGCUAAUGAGAGACCAUAAUCUGUUAGGUACCCCUGGAGAAAUAACAUCAGAGGAACUACAACAGAGGCUAUAUGGAGUCAAGGAACAGCUAGCAUCUCAACCUGACUUGAGAAAUGUGACAAAUAACAUAGACUCAGAAGUUCCUAGAGAAAGUUCAAAUGGAGAUUCUCUGCUAGAAUGGUUGAACACCUUUCGUCACACAGGAAAUGCAACUCGAAGUGGACAAAAUGGAAACCAAACUUGGGGAGCUGCGAGUCGAACAAACCUAAACAGUGGAGAGUUUUGGUUUAGUCUGGAAAUCCACGUAAAUCAUGAGAAUAGACAAUAUGAAAUUCAUGGAGAAGGUUAUACGGGCAUUCCACUUUCAGGUAUUAGCAGAGAUCGUACUAGAAAUAGUCGACAAAGAUCAACUAGUCCUGUGGCUAGGCGAACAAGAAGCCAAACCUCAGUGAAUUUCAAUGGUAGGAGUUCUAACAUUCCAAGGACUACGCUUGGUUCAAGAGGGCAGAAUUCAGUCGAAGGAUCUUUCUCAACACUGGGAAGGUUAAGAAAUCGAAUUGAAGGUGCAGUUGGCAUUCCUAGAACUAGUGAUCCACGUGCUAAUUUCGGUAGUAGUCACACAAACCAGUCAGGUAGUAGUGAACUCAGGCAAAGGGAGGGGCAGCGAUUUGGAGCAGCACAUGUUUGGGAAAACGGGUCUAGAACUAAUGUUACUGUGAGGAAUACAAACCAAAGAUUAGAGCCAAUAAGAUUACAGUCAACUCUGAGUAGUCGAAAUCAUUCACCAAUUCAGAGACAGAGUGGCACCUUUUAUCAUCAUGCUCAAAGAGAAAGUAGACCUUUACAGCAAACCAUUAGAAGGUCUGGGAGGAGGAGAGGUAUAACUCAUGUCUUUGUAGAGCAAGAUAGAGAACGCAGAAGUAUUGCAUAUACUCCAUUCUCCAAUUCAAGACUUGUGUCAAGAAUAACAGUCGAAGAAGGAGAAGAAGCCAGCAGAUCCUCAACUGCUGUACAACAUCACCCAACACUCAUACUGGACUUUCAAUUGAGGAUUCAUCCUGGAGAAGAUAGAGAUCGGGACAGUAUUGCAAAUAGAACUCGAUCUAGAGUAGGGCUAGCAGGAAAUACAAUCACUAAUGAAAGCAAUAGUGGGAGCUUUCACCAAAAUAUUUCUCAUUUAGAGCGAUCAGGUAUUCAAACCUAUGUUAGCACCAUAACAAUUCCUCUUCAUAGGGUUUCUGAGAAUGAGCUUGUUGAGCCACCAUCCGUGAUUCUUCAGUCAAUCUUAAGGCAGAUUACAACCAGCUUUGGAGAAUUGAGUUCUCCAAUGGAAGCCGAAUCCGAGUCAGAGAUUCAGAGAAAUGGUCAGCAUUUACCAGUUAAUGACAGCAGCCAGCACAGUGAAGGUUUCUCUCAAGACAGGCAGGCCCAAGAAGACAGCACUGAAAUGAGUGAUGAAAAUGAGACUACCCAGCUUCAUACCCAAAAUAGAGGCGGCAGGCAGUUGCGACAUUCAAACAAUUUAGUUGAAACUGGACCACUACCUAUUCUUCGCCUUGCUCACUUCUUUUUACUAAAUGAAGGUGAUGAUGGUCAAAUACAUGGUUUAACCAAAGAGCAGAUUGACAGUCUUUCUACCCGGAACUAUGAGCAUAACAGUACUGAUAGUGAACUAGGUAAAGUUUGUAGUGUUUGUAUUAGUGACUAUGUAGCUGGAAACAAGCUCAGGCAAUUACCUUGCAUGCACGAAUUUCACAUUCACUGUAUUGACCGAUGGCUCUCAGAGAAUUGCACUUGUCCUGUCUGUCGACAGCCUGUUUUGGGAUCCAGUAUAGCAAAUGGGUGAAGUGAUGGGAUCUAUUCAAAUAUUGUAUUUUAAUAGAGCUGAUAUUCAAGCAUUGUUUUGUUGAGUUAUUUGUGAUGAGCUAAC